AUGUCUAAUAGUACAAAGCUGGCUGGUGCUGAUAAUGGAAAUGGUGGUAAGCCAAUGGAAGACAGUGUCUCUUUGAUGCUCAAGGACCUGACACAUUUGGAGGAUACUGAUGAAAGUGAUGGUGAUGAAGAGCUAAAUGAAAAUGAAGAGAUUGAUGAAGAGGCAAUAAAUAAGGAGCUAGUAACUUGGGCUGGAAGAUUGGAAUUGGAAUCAAUUGAUCUAAGGGAAAAGGCUAAGGCGUUGACAAGUCAGAUGACACAAAAUUCAGAAUCAAUCAAGAAUACCGCUCAAGAUUUGAAAUCUGAGUUCAAGAGUUGGAAAGAAACUUCAAACAAGUCAUUAGAUGGUGCUAUACAAACUUUUUCUAAAGCUUCAGCAAGUUUUUCAAAUGCUAGUAAAGUGUUGUCAAGUUUGAAAGGUAAGGAUAAAUCUACAACUAGCGAUAUCCAAAAGAUACUGGAGACGCUUAAAUCAGCCAAAGCUACAAUUGAAAGCCUUCAAGUGUCACAUACAAACUCAAGCAAGAAACAAGUGAAUGAUAUUACAAAUUCUGUUUUGAGCAAAAAAAUUCAAACUGUUAUUAAUGGGAUUCAGAAUUUGACUAACCAUGUUGUUAACGUUGAAGAAGCUCGUAAGCAAAAUGAUAAGAACCAAAAAACAAUAAAUGACACUUUAGAGAAAUGUUUGAGAAGAAUCGAAGAUAUUCAAAACUUGCAGGUGGAUUUCAAUAGAGAAUUAAAAUCAUUGAGUAGAUCACAAGCUUCAUUGUCAUUGGAGUUUUACAAGUUCAAAACAAUUAAUAGAAGAAAUGAUGAGAAUCAAAUUACAACUUUUACACCGGAGAGCUCAUUUAAUGAUUCAAGGAGUGAUUCAGCUUUGAACCAUCAAUUACCAUCCAGUUUACCCACCUCAAAUGCAAAUACAUCACAGCAACAUGAUCAGUCUCAAAUACCACCUCAAGAUGAUAAUUCAACACAAACAACUAAAACUUUUCAAAAACCACUCAGCUUUCCACUGCCUAAGAGAAGAGGAAGACCACCAAAGGUGCAACAAAGAACCAGUACAUUCAAACCAAGAACGAGAAGUAGCCAGAACAAGAAAGAAAAAGGACAUGGAUGA